GCCGCGUAUGCAAAUCGGGAGACCAACUUCUGCGUGCCCCCCUCCUCCCUUUCACAUACACACACCUUUUCCCUCUUCCUAUCACAUCGUGCUGUUCUGGCGAGCCGGCUGUUCUGGGCAUCGUGUUCUCUACUGACCGCGGCGUUGGAAUAAGAAACACGCUCCCGGUGCUGCACGCAGUCUAAGAGAGGGACCAGCCUUCUUCCGGCGAAGCGAGCAACUCUAUCGAAGGAAACGGAAGCCGCUGCCUUUGGCAUCAUUUGUUUCCCGUCGACGCCGCCGAUCGCCCGCUGCUUUUGAGGCGUGCGGAUCGUGUCUGAUAACAAGUGCUGUGUGCCUGUUCUCCUCCAUCGUGCUACUCGCCUAGGCGAUGUAAGAGGAGCGCGCAGUGGCACUGGUUCCGGGCGCCCGGGAGUCCCGGCCCCAGCAAGAGCCGCGCAUGGAUUACAGGCCAUCGGACGUCUCUCAAGCAUUGCCACCAGUCGACAGCGGCGCAGCAGCAUUGCUGGGGCCUGCCAUGGCGUAGCAUGUUCCCGGCCAAGAAGCUCCGGCUCCGGCGGCUACUCGCCUGGGCCGCCGGACUCAGCUUCUGCACCUUCCUGCUGAUCGGACUCCGGGAGCAGCAGCAGGCACCCGGACUGCCCGACGCUGCGUUGCGUGAUGUCAACAACGCCAUCGGAGGGCAGCGCGCCGUUGACCAGCAGCCGCUCCCGGGACAACCACCGCGUCCCGAUGCUCCGCUGGCGGCCAGGAUCAACGCCGCAAAGGGCAAGCUGGGGACUCGUGGUCAGACCGGCUCUAACGAGCGUCCCUGGUACAUGCGCGGCGGUCAGCGGCGACCUCUACCCGGCGAUACGGGUAGCCUGUGGCCGCACGAGGACUCCGGUGACCGCAUCGAGCAGCAGCUGAUGUUCGUGCCCGAGGACUACAAGCGAAACAACACGCGCAUCAAGAAGAUCCUCCUCAUGAGGGGACUAGGCGGCUGGGGUGACCUGCCUAGGGGACGGGCGGUGUUCCUCCGCGACAAGUGUCCCGUGGACACGUGCGAGAUCGUGACGUCACAGGACGAGGCGCCCGACGCGGACGCGGUUCUCUUCAAGGACCGCUUCGUGGCCCCCAAGUACCGGCGCCCCUGGAACCAGGUGUGGAUCCUGUACCUGCUCGAGUGCCCGUACCACACGCAGUCGUUCAUCAACAUCAAGAACAUCUUCAACUGGACGGCAACGUACAGGCAUGACUCGGAUAUAGUAGCGCCGUACGAGAAGUUCGUCAGCCACGAGGACUGGCAGGCGCGAGUGCUCAGCGUCCGGCGUCGUCCGCGCCGCAACAAAACCAAGAAGGUCGCCUGGUUCGUGUCCAACUGCGCGGCGCGCAACCAGCGGCUGCAGUUCGCGCGCAAGCUGGCCGCCUACAUCGACGUGGACAUCUACGGCACCUGCGGCUCCCUCAAGUGCCCCCGUGCGCAGGCCGGUCACUGUUUCGAGCUGCUGGACCGCGACUACAAGUUCUACCUGGCAUUCGAGAACUCCAACUGCAAGGACUACAUCACCGAGAAGUUCUUCGUCAACGGGCUCGGGCGCGACGUGGUGCCUAUCGUGAUGGGCGCUCGGCCUUUGGACUACGUGCGCGCAUCACCCACCCGCUCGUUUAUCCACGUGGAGGACUUUCCGUCGGUGAAGGCUCUGGCUGAAUACCUGCACUUGCUGGAUCGCAACGAGACUCUGUACAACGAGUACCUGCGCUGGAAAGGCUCCGGCGAGUUCAUCAACACUUACUUCUGGUGCCGCCUGUGCGCCAUGCUGCACGCGCCGCCCCUGCCAAAGGUGUACCCGGACAUCAGUGCUUGGUGGGCGGGGCCUGGCACCUGCCGCAGCGACCGCUGGAGGGACUUCAAGCCCAAGCCGGACCCGGUCGCGUACGUGCUCACCUGACCAAGCUACUAGGCGAGCUUUCGUCCUCCUCCCCCCAGCGGCCUGUCGGCCAUCCGAUCUGCCCGCUACGGCGCGUCGGGACGUUAUGGUUCAAAGACUCCAGUCGUGAGCGCCCCCCUUCGACUUCGCACCACUGGAUGGUGCACUCGAGUGGUCUCGCACGUUGCGACUGGACUAUUGCACCUGGUCACGUGACUGAAACGACGCGCGGAAGGACUUGUGAUAAGACGUCGGACAGCAGUGCUUACGACACGUUUACCGGGGUGGGCGUUACCGGUCACGUAAUGCUGGCUCUGCCGUUGCGCGCGUCUUGGUGUCUCCUGCUGCAAACCGGCGUUGAUCGUCGGGACUGCAGGCCCACGUGACAUUUAGGUUUUGGUCGGGUUCGUUGUUUUUUUACGCGCCCACUGCACGUACAAGUAUAUUGCCAGUCAUUCUUAAGGCGAUAAGAGGUACGCAGUCGGAAUGCUCAUUCCGGCGCAGAAAUGGCUCACAUUUCGAGUCAGCGUAAGAGCCCGAAUGUUCUAUAAAGCUCAAACUUGGGCUGGCUAGUUAGUAUAGCCUAGUGUAUGCAGUAUCGCUGAGCCAAAGGCACAGACGUGUCGCGUUCCCUUUGGUCUAAGUCCUUUGUGCAUUUUGCUCGGCACAGCUACACUACAAAGCCAGAAUCUCAUUCAACGAGUUUAUGACAGGCCUUGUAUGACCGAAUGGAGAACAAAGUCAAGGUUUUCUACGUUGCGCUGUGGAACGCGGCAGUUCUCUAGAGCGCACGCAGAACAGAAAGUGAAUCUCCACUCGUGCGGUAAUCGCCGAGUUCGACAAACCAAAGAGCAGGCGUGGAUGGUUCAUUCCACGUCUGCGGUUCAAUACAUCAAAGUGUGUUACAUUUUUUUACGAGCUGAUUGCGAACUUGUUCGCGAUUUUUGCGCAAGCGGGUGCUCGUUUUUCGCGGGAGCAUGUUGUUUGUAAUUCGAAGUGAGUUAAUGUGUGUCGUAAAGCCUGCGAUAGGGCCUUUUUUUUUUUCGCGAGUGUGUUGAGAAGCCGUGAUUUUUCGCCGUGAUUUUUCGAAUUCCAAGUGUGACUCCGCAUGUAGGCUGCUGCUACGUGCGGCCACAACCAACUGAGUCUUGUGGAUGUGUGUUGUGUUUAUGUGGACGCUUCUUCAACAUUCCGUGCUUCGUUGGCUGCCCGAUUUUACUUCCGCUGAGAGCAUAAGCAUAAUAUGUAACGCCAUAGAACUAUUACUAGCGUCUCGUGCCAGCGCACUUUGUCAAAAGCGUCGGAGCCAUUCCGUAAACAAGGUUACUAGCUCGGGGAUCACAAUGUCCAGAGCGACGUUGUGCGUGUCAGACGUGAGGAGCCUUACAACUCUCGCUACUUAGAGAGUUUGGUAUGAAGGAAAUUUUUUUCACACCUUCGGUUACUUCGAUACCUUCGGCUCAGGCUGAACGUUUGGCCUAGAUGGUCCCGUAACUGACAUCUCCUAAUGUGUUACGCUUUCGAGCACCAAUUUUAAAUCCCAAGUUUUCUAUGAUGUACUGCAAUAGUGAAUUUUAUUAUUGGGGAGGCAGAAAGAUUUCAUUAUGAACCUAUCUGGAAGGUUGUAAUCUUUUCUACGUGUCUUUAGGUGGAUAACAUUGAAGUGCGCGGUGCAGCGGAGAAUUGAAUAUACGUUGUGCCGCGUGUUAACAAUAUUAAUCGAGUAGUGCAACAUUUCGAGUGUCCCGACACCCAGAUACAAGUCACAAGUUUCGUUUGGUGAUAGCUGAAAAAUCAGCACGUGGUCAUCACAGUGUAUACCAUUACUGGACCUGUCUAACAUCGUACACCCCUGUAACAGAUUACACAGCGCCAAGACGUUUUUUUUUUUUUUUUUGCAACCAGUGCAAUUUCCCGCAUUGAGACGUUAUCUACAGAUCACCCCACACGAAUCGUCUGAUAUUCACGGUCGUAAAUUCUACUUAAUGGCAAGCUGGGAGCAAAGUAUACGUGUCCCGAUAUGUGACGCAGCCCUUCAUUCCUGUUUUUACAUAUUUUUCAUUUCUUUAUGGCUUCUUUGUUUUACGAAAAAGCGUGCUAUAAAGGCACAUAGAAUCAUCGUUAAUUUAUUUUGCUGCAACGCAGUUUGACGUGUCGCCGUAAACCCUCAAUGUGCCGUAGUCGCGUCGUACGAAGCGCUCGCUCCUAACGGCAAAGUCGCGCAUGAGCAACGAGCAACCCACCGCACACAACCUUCACGAAAGAACAUCGCGUACUGUUUUCGUGAAGCAACGUACACACACCAUGUAGUCCAGAUAGAAAACGCACACGACAUAGUUUUCUUCAUCUUAUGUGCUAACAUCAGUUUUUUUCUUUCUUAUUUUCACAGUUAGGAAUUGGAAUUGUUAGUGGUGCAUCAACAGUAUAUAGUUUGAAUUGUACAAGCGUCAUCGGUAUGACCUCGGGAUUCGAAGAUAGAAUGUGUUCCAGAGUACACACAGCUCCCUAGUGUUGUCAAUGGGUGGUGUUGCAUAAGCGAGGCUGUUUUCGAGGCGCGUGCACGGCUAGCAAAAUGCCAGCCAGGUGCCGGAGAUAAUGCCGGAAGUUCUAGUCUUAAUGGACAUCGUCUAAUGGCCUCUCUACGUGGACGGUCUGUACACACGGAGAGAAAUGUCUCACUGGCAUUAAUGACACUACACAAUGACUACAACUAAGGGUCGUGCGUAACAUCUUAUUUUCGUCGCUGCAGGGCUGCAAGUGAUGUAGAUGGGUCGCUCUUGCAUUUAUUCUUUAUCGUCGUUAUGUGAGCGUAGGUGUACUCUGUCUGUAAGAAACAACACCGUCUGUACAAGUUCGUGUCCGCGUGCCGUGCGAUCUUUGUGGGAUUAAGUUCUUCGUAUGUGUUCUACACACAAAACAAGAAUGUGCGCGUUGAAAUGGAUGUCGUGUUCUUUUCAUCUUUAUAUUUUUUCCCUUUCCCGCCAUCGUUAACGUCAUGCGGUGCUUCUAGGUAGCUUUAUUUUACCUCCAAAACUUGCUCCCCUUGCCGAACCCACGUGGUCUGCUGGUGCGAGACAGAUUAAUUUACUGUGAUCAGGAGCGCAGCAAGUGAAAGAUUGUGCCACGUCUUUUCAUUGGCGGCGGAGUCAUGAUGACCCUGUCAUGUUGGAGUUAUCAUGUAAUUAUGAGUUAUUCUGUCAUUAUGACUACUUCACCACAGUCUAAUGACUCCUUGCUGCGUUUCAGGCGUUGUGCGUUCUCGUGCUUAUAGGUUGACGUAACAUAGAAAGCUUUAAUGUAUUUGUUUCAGCUACCAUACCAACUUAACAAUAUGUACGCUAUACCUCAGGACAUAGCACUAAUGAUCUGCUCAGGCGUGCAUAAUUUUCCCUCACACUUGUAUUGCAUUGAGUGAUGUUUAUCAAGUAAGAUUCGCUAUUUUCGAAAAAAAAAAAUGUUCGAAUGCUGCCUUCUGAAAAAUUGAUUUUAGCUGGCCCGUACGUUAGAUGCAGUGAUCUUGCAAUGAAUAGAUCUAUUGAUUUCAUAAUAAGUAGAAGCCAUUAUUUAAGACUUCACGCAUUAUUUAUGUUCUCAAUUUAUCACGCAAAAACUCCGCGUAAAAUUAUCGUCAAUGGGCAAGAUCUCGUAGCUGCAUCUGUUGGUGUUUUCGAACAAUUUUUCUUUUUUUACACUCGCGAGAUCAGCGAAUAAAAAAAACGACGUUUCGUGAACAGGUUAGUUAAUGCGGUUGACAAAUAAGAGGUAAGCUCAACAAAAUUGCUCCAACUUAGGAAUAAAUUCUUUUAUUUUUAAAUAAUUAUAUGCAUUAGAUCAAGCACCACAAUUUCUUAGGUUAUCUGUCAUAUUUCUAUAAUAUAACUCCAUUAUCCUAAAAGUACACAUUAAUUUUUAAAACCACUCAAUUCUUGGUCAAUCCCCCACAGUGAGUAUGCGCCACGAGCAAUAGGUGAACAAGGACAAGAAUCUCUGAACGCUUAAAAAUUUAGUUUUUUGUUCUUGCUAUACGCAGACCUAUUGUGCUGUUAUCGUAGGCUAUAGUGUCAUGAGACCUGCAGUUUUUUGAGGUCAAAAACAGCGCGACAAGUGCUUGUAUUGGACCUAAAAAUAAUACGCAUAUUUAAAAAAAGUGAACGAUGUUUGCGCAAAAAGCGAACGUUAUGAACAGGUGAAGAUGGAAGCCGUGUAACGAUGAAGUUGUUGAAACGGGAAGUUCUACGCUGUGCGUAAUACUAGCGGGUGAUAGUGAACCACUUUAUUUCAUAAAAAAUUAGUAACAUUCAUUUGUUGACAACAAAGCCCCAAAGAGCUCAAUGCUCAAAUUUCUUUUCUGGUUUAAAGUUGUCUGGUCUGUUUCAAGCAACGAGUUGUAGAAAGGACACAAAAAGAUGUCUUGACAACUUGUGCGGACAUCUUCAACAUAGGAGUAACCUAACUUAAGAGAGAUCCCAUGGGAAGGUUAUACUUGACCAUUGAAAAUUACGAAAAAAGCCUUGGUUGGCGCAGGACGGAACAGGUUGGAUUAACACAUUAAACGCUGGUCUUAUAAUACGCCUAAAAAGUAGGGUCACGUUUUUUUUUUUUUUGCGCAGAGUCUUGUUACGGCGCAUAAGCUGUCCCAUUUGCCUUGUGUGUGUGUGGAUAAUUAUGCUGAUAUGCUGUCUUCCGUAACGCUCACCAUGCCGUCGCAUUUUUUUCUAUUGCGCGAGGAAAAAGUAUUCACCAGCCAUUUGCAGCUUUUCGUACUGCGCCGUGGUUCGCUCUGAUUCAGCUUUAGGUGAAAACGAAGCUGCCAGUGUGAUUUAGGUGGGCGUUGAUAUGGAUUAUGGAUACAGCACACUAGAGCUGUGAAACUGGAUAGAAUUUUUGCAGAGCUGCGCACAUGUCUUAUUGCCUCGUAUCGGGCAGCCUCCACUAUCAUUUAUUGCUAUCUUGUCCGCUUUGACAUUAUUUUGGUGCUGUAAACGUGUCGAGUUGUCACGGAUCCUCGUGCUGUGGUGCCGUGUAAGCUUAAUUUUUUUACGUUUGUACGUCUGAAUAUAAUUACUGCGCUCACUUUCGCUCAUGGGAACACAUAUUCUCAGAGCACAGCCGCCCCAAACGUUUUCGAGGCACGGAUGCCCAAAAGCUUUAAUUUUUAAUUCUAUGACUUGCAGACCCAUGCGAUGGAUUACAUAGAAACAUCAGGCUUGAUUAGUAUAACAGACAUUCAUAUUUUUCUCGAUGUUCGUGUGCCGCGAACUUUUGUGGCCGAUUGUACACUUCUACGGAUUGCAUUCCAGAGGGUAGAGCUGACACUCGCUGACCAAAAACAAACAAUGAACGUUAUUUCUGGCGUAGUACUGUACCCCACUAAUAUCGAGCCCCAAGUAAUGAGAAAGUACGAAUAUUACCGUUUUAUUUAAUUUUUUUUUGGGGGGGGGAGAGAAUACGCGUAUACUGCCCUACGCAACUCAUGUACGCCGUAAGCCAUUGUGCGUGCGCACACAUUAUAUGCGCACACGAGCGCAAAGCACAAACGACUUAAUUACAACCGAAGAGACUUGGCACCUACCUUCUCCCUCUCCGAAGGUCGAAUGUUUUGUACUUGUCGUGCACCGGAAAUGAGUGCUUCAAAAGGUGCCGACCCGAGCGGGUCGAGCGGACACUUCCGCCGCCACUCUCGCGCUUCUCUGUUCAUUUCAUUCUUGUGAUAGCCGAACUGGUCAAGUUGUGCUAGUCAUGCUGUUAGACGUCAUGAAUAGAUUUACCUCUACUCCCGUCUACGCCGACAUUAUUUGUACAUAAGGAAGAUGAAAGAAAGAAAAAAAAAGCAGCAGUCACAUACCAUGCUGGCAUUUGAAUCUCAUCCGCAUCAAUAAAACUGUGUUUCUUUUUACGUUUA